UUUAACACCUCCUUCUGUACCUGCAUGAAACCUUACAGACAGAAGAUUCUUUUCUUUUCUCGUUGUGCUUGAGUAUGUUUAUAGGACUUUUCGCAAAAACAAAAUGACGAUGUAGAAGUUCUUCAUGAGUGUCCAUAUGGACUCUAUGCAGCGCUGAAGCAUUUUAGACGUUUCGCUGGUCUGAAAGAUGAACGCAUCACAGCAGAUCCACUUCCAUUCCAUCUGGAAAGUUGAGUCUGUAAUCAUUUCUGUCAUAUUCUCGAUUAUUUUUUUGGUUGGUACCGUGGGGAACUGUCUUGUGCUCGCGGUUCUCAUUCGCAACGGCCAGAUGAACACAAAGAGCACCAACCUGUUCAUCCUGAACCUCGGGCUGGCGGACCUCUGCUUUAUCGUCUUCUGCGUGCCUUUCCAGGCUACCAUCUACACAAUGGACGAGUGGGUUUUCGGACAGUCUGUGUGCAAAGCUGUACACUUUAUCAUCUUCCUGACCAUGUACGCGAGCAUCUUUACGCUGGCAGCGGUGUCUCUGGACAGAUAUCUCGCCAUUCGGUAUCCUCUGCGCUCAAGAGAGACCAGAACUCCUCGUAACGCUCUGACCUCCAUCAGCCUUGUGUGGGCUCUAUCUCUGUUCUUCUCCAGCCCUUAUCUCAGCUACUACCAGCAGAUGGAUCUAGACGGGACCACCGUUUGCAUCCCAGCAUGGAGCACCCAUCAUCGUCGAGCCAUGGACGUCUGCACCUUCAUAUUCGGCUACCUGAUCCCAGUCCUCAUUCUCGGCAUCACGUACACCCGCACCAUCCGCUACCUCUGGACCUCAGUGGACCCCAUGCAGGACAUGUCGGAAUCCCGCAAGGCCAAGUGCAAGGUGACCAAGAUGAUAAUCAUCGUUGCUGCGCUCUUCUGUUUAUGUUGGCUGCCACAUCACCUGGUUAUCUUGUGCAUGUGGUUCGGCCACUUCCCGCUUAACCACACGACCUACGUCCUCCGCAUUCUCUCUCACCUGGUGGCAUACACCAACUCCUGCCUGAACCCUAUCGUCUACGCCCUGGUGUCUAAACACUUUCGAAAGGGCUUCAAGAAGGUGUUUGGCUGCGUGUUUCGUAAUCGGGUCGUAAACCGGAUCCACACCGUGCAGCCAGCACAGACGGUGAGCCUGAUGGAAGCUGCCCUGUGUGAAGGAUCCAAUCAUAGCAAUGGGUCAAACCGGGGUCGCCUCUGGAGCAAAAGUAGCAAGAAGAUGAUGACGAGUGCCUUCAUGACAUUUAAUGUGACAUAAUCCACUUACACUCUCACCUACUGUCAAAUCAGCGCUUUACCAAAGUAUAAAACUCUUCUGUUCCGGUGGCUUUUAACAGCAUUUGAGCUGUGAUUACAUAACAGAAGAUAUCAUAUAGGCGCAGAUUGUCAGGUAGAGAGGAAGCAGCGCUUUUUUUGUUCUUGGUGAGGACAGUGACCGAUGUUUAAAAUGAAAAUUUCUCUUGCAUCUGUGUUUUGUCAGUGUUGGCAGCUUUCGUCACUGUGCAGUAGUGGCUGUGUGUUUUCAGACUGUGAAUCAUGGUAGGGUUUUCCGGUGGUACAAGCAGAUUCAAUUAUCAGAGGACAGUGCCGGCAUUAAGUUGUUCACUGCAAACAUUUAGAACAAUCUGAUCAUAUUUGAACAUUUUUAGAAUUUAUGUUCUCGGCUCCUUUAGGGUUAACGUCUACAGGAUCUGAUGUAUGAGUCAAGAGUGUCUAUAAUGUCGAAAAAUCUGUCAAAAACCUUUUUUUUUUUUGUAAAACGUGUUUUCUUGUGUGUAUGCACUUUUUUUUUUUUUUUUUUUUU